AUGGCGCUGCGCAGCUCGGCGGAGAUGUUCGACGAGGCGCAGCGCAUCGGCCACCAGCUGCAGCUCGACUUCGACCGCUACGACCGGCGCCAGGAGAUUUUCCGCAAGAAGUUCGCGGCCGAGACGCGCAAGCAGAACCAGGGGAUCUGCGACGGCGCGGUCACCAACAACGCGACGUCCUCGGGCGUCGCGGCGCUGCUGUUCGCGCAGCACGACGCUUCGCAGGGCGACGACGACGACGAAGGCUCCCGUCGAGGCAGCAGGAAGGGCUCGCUGUCGGGCGGAAGACGCCGCAUCUCGACUGAAAAGGACAAGCACCCCGAGGUGUUCCGCGCGCUCUCUUGCUUCUACAACCCGCCGGACGCAGCUACCGACGUGGUUUGCGAGCUCUGCUUCGGCUUCCGCAGCGCCUCGAUGGUGCAGCCGCUGCCUGCGCCCUGGACCGAGUACUGCGACGACACCUCGGGCAAGCACUACUUCUACCAUUCCGGCACGCGGCAGGUCCGGUGGCAGCCACCGCCGGCUACAGACCCACUCAGUGUGCUGGUGUUCGAGCGCACCAACUCGGUGUACACUGUCUGCCACUGCAUCCCGUCCAACGAGCGGCGCCGGCGACUCAUGCAGAAGUUCCGCGAGCACGCGAUGCAGAUGGCUCGAGCGGAAGCAGAGAAGCGGGACCGCCACCUGCGCGGCGCGUUCAUCUCCCUCGCGAUGUCGCUGGUGCCGUUCUCUGGGGACGGCAAGCAGCCGAAGAAAUGA